UUUGUCCAAGUUUAACCAUUCUCUGGUUGAUAGACAGUUGAAGUUUUUGAAUAUUACAAAUUAAGCAGCCAAGAAAAUACUUGUCUUUUUGUGAGACAUAUACACUCAUUUCUUUGAUCAGAUCUUAUUGGUUUGUAGAAGUUCACUUGACUGCCGAGAAUAAUACAUUUUAGGAGAGCAAGAUAAGAAGUAAGGAAACCCGUUAAGAGGCUUUUGUAGUAGCUAAGGAGAUGAUGAUGGCUUAGACUCGGGGAUUGGUGGGGGAGCUCGUGAGACGGAGUGGAUUCAGAAUACAUUUUUUGAAAGUAGAGCUGACAAGACCCGCUGAUGUAGGGAUGAGAGAAAGAAAAGAAACACAGAUAGCUAACUCCAUGAUUUUUUGGCCUUACCACCUCAGUGAAGAGGGGAUCCAGGAAGACCUGGAUCAGAGGUUCGUUUAUGGUUCUGUUAAGUUCGAGAUGUUUAUUACCUGUCCACGUGGUGACGUUGAAUUGACAGGUGGAGAUUUUCACGACAGGCUUGGGGGAAAGGUCUGGACUGGAGAUACAAAUGCGGGACACGUCGGCAGGUAGACAGCAUUAAAGUCAUGAGAUUACCUGCAGUGACCAAGGAGAGAGUAGGUGGGAGAGGGGAAGGGCCCAGGACUGAGCCCCUGGGAAUUCUGAUGUUAAUGGACCCGGCAAAGGGGACUGUGAAAGAGCAGAUGAUGAGGUGCAUGGGGUCCCGGUACCUGGGAACAACAAUGACAUCUUUCCUCGGAACUUAGAAAAAUACCAGCUUUCUCUCUAAGAAUAGAGAUUUCUAUUUUAGCAAUUAAUGGAUCAAUGGAGAAUAUGCAAAGUCACCUGAAAGAGAAGAUAUGGCCCCCUGCCAGCAAGACUUGGCUAUAACCUAAUUGAAAGCAUUAACAUAAAUAAAGAAUGUGUCAACCUUGAAGAAGGUUGGCAGUGAAAGCCUAGUAAAGGAAGAGUCCUUGAGAUCCACGUGGGCACAGCUGUCCCAAGUACCGACUUGGAAAGAAUGCUUUAGCCAACGGAGUGAGAGCGGUCCAGCUGUGCCUGUGACAACACCCCUGGCCCACAGCACAGAGAUGGGGGUGGAGGACUGUAGCCAAGAAAAGUUUUCUGAUCCCAUUGGCACCACUCCUUACUGGGAAUGGCCAGAUGCCAUUAAAGAUACGAACACUCUUGUUCAGUUAUGUCACUGUGCAUUUAUACGUUGACAUUAUCGUUCUGAUUUGGCUUAAGGGAGAGGAUGUACUGGACGUGCGGACGUGGUUUUCAUUCAGCCUGAGUGACGGUUAAAUUUCUCGUGGUAAAUUAAUACGUAUUAUGCCUUUAUAUUUCAGUAAGUUGUAAACUUUGUUGGCACAAAGAGUGUUUCUAAGAUAUGGCUUUGGACUCUGCGAAACCCAGGUCCACACCCUUGUCAGUGAUAAAUUCAAUACCGAGAUGCCACCUGUGAGGUCCCUUGGGACAUAGCCAGCCAGUCCUCUCCAUGUAGAGUACCCCAGUACUCUGAAACCUCCACAUUUAGCAAAGCAGAAUCACACACUAUUAGAUCUGAAAUGGAUCUGAUACAGCUUCUAGUCCAGGCCCCCCUUCCCCCCAUUUUCCAAAUGAGACAACAGAGCUUCAGAGAGGCAGAGAACUUGAUCAAAAGCCCAUAGCUUGUUAGAAGUAAGGAUCCAGGGUAGAGCCCCUGGUCAGUGCUCUGUCCAGAAUAUUCUAAGACCUUACCUGGAAUAGGCAGACACAUUCAGUAUGUACAUCCCCAAACCGCCACUCAGCCCCUCACCCCUGGAGCAGGGAUGGUCAGUGAGUGGUAUGUGUGGCUUGGAUCUCUGAGCCCAGGUUUUUGGUACAGGAUAAAGGAAAGAAAAAAGAACUGAAACCAAUUCACUCCUUUCAAGAAAGUGGGGAAGGGUAUCGUGGGAGUCCCUCUUUUAGUCCUGGGCCUGUGAAACUCAGCCUCUCCAGGACUCACCUCUGCUGCCGACCAGGUGGAGGACGGGAGGGCUGCACCGUGAAUAAAUAAUCUGGACUGUUUCUGGAAAGAGGCGGGGGAGAUCCAGGAGUCUCCACCUCUGGCAGCUCGGGACAGAAACCACACCUUGUUCUUCCCGCUUUCUCUAAAAUAGCCAGGUAAACAUGUAGUCUGAGCACUCCGAGUCUGGGAGAAGGCUGCUGGGAGCGGUGGAGACGGGGAAGGGAGGUGCCUGAAGGUAGCCAGAGCCCCUAAAAUAUGUGGGUCCCGCCAUUCUGGGCCUGGGGUGCUAAGGAGGGGGCUGCCUCAUUCACCCCUUCCCAUUCUGUCUUCCCACUUGUCUCCCUGAGAUCACCAUUUCCGUGGUUGCUUUCAUCUUCCGCUAGGAAGGGGCUGGAAAGGGUUGCGUGUCGUCUCCAGCUGUCCCCGUGACAAUCCCCCAGCCUUUCAUCAUUUCUCCCUGGUGCCGAGUCCCUUUUUCCUUCUGCCCGCCCCCCCCCAACAAUGGUCUCUCCCGAUGCUCAGCGGCGCCGGGGUGGGGGGGGCGGAGGCGGGGCGGGAGCGUGUUGGGGGGUCAGGUCUGCAUUGCCGCUUCCCCGGGUACCCGGAGCAGUCCCCGCUGCCGUCUGCGCCACAGCCGGGACCCCCGCCCUCACCCAGGACUCCCGCACCCCGGGGACCCAGCCCAGGUCCUGCUUUUCCUGCGUCUUCCUUGUUUGUCCGGCCGUAGACAAGGUGGGCCCAGAUGCUGAAAUUAGUUUGAACACAGACAGAUCUCCAGAGUGCCUGGAAGAGAAGUAGGCGGCCUUUCUUGAGUUAUCCUGGCUCCCCAGCUUAGCCCCACCGGAGCGGGCUCCCCCUCCUUUUCCCAUGCCCCUACCCCCCCUCUCCCUUCCCUGUGUACCCAAAUGAACUGGGCGUAGGCCAAACUCCUCUCCCUCCUUUCUUCUCCCAGACACUCGCUGGCCAGGCCCCAUUUUCUCCUAUUCUGUGCCCAAAGAUACCCUAACACACUUCACCUACGUAACUGGGGGAAGGGUCUUUCUGAGUCCACGAGUCCUAGAGCAAAGGCCGAUAAGGAGCAGGGGGAGGGGCGAUCUGGUGACGUGCUCCCCAAGCCCCGUCAUGGAGGAAGGCUUCAGAGACCGGGCAGCUUUCAUCCGCGGGGCCAAAGACAUCGCCAAGGAAGUGAAAAAGCACGCGGCCAAGAAGGUGGUGAAGGGCCUGGACCGCGUCCAGGACGAAUAUUCCCGAAGAUCCUACUCCCGCUUUGAGGAGGAUGAUGACGAUGAUGACUUCCCUGCCCCUGCUGACGGCUAUUACCGUGGGGAGGGGACCCAGGACGAGGAGGAAGGUGGCGCAUCCAGUGAUGCCACCGAGGGCCACGAUGAAGAGGAUGAGAUCUACGAAGGGGAAUACCAGGGCAUCCCCCGGGCAGAGUCUGGGGGCAAAGGCGAGCGGAUGGCAGAUGGGGCACCCCUGGCUGGUGUGAGGGGGGGCUUGGGCGAUGGGGAGGGCCCCGCUGGGGGCCGGGGGGAGGCACAGCGGAGGAAAGAGCGGGAAGAACUGGCCCAGCAGUACGAAGCCAUCCUCCGGGAAUGUGGCCACGGCCGCUUCCAGUGGACGCUCUACUUCGUGCUUGGUCUGGCACUGAUGGCUGAUGGCGUCGAGGUCUUCGUGGUGGGCUUCGUGCUGCCCAGCGCUGAGAAAGACAUGUGCCUGUCUGACUCCAACAAAGGCAUGCUGGGCCUCAUCGUCUACCUGGGCAUGAUGGUGGGAGCCUUCCUCUGGGGCGGGCUGGCCGACCGGCUGGGCCGGAGACAGUGUCUGCUCAUCUCGCUCUCAGUGAACAGCAUCUUUGCCUUUUUCUCAUCCUUCGUCCAGGGUUACGGCACUUUCCUCUUCUGCCGCCUGCUUUCUGGGGUCGGGAUUGGAGGGUCCAUCCCCAUUGUCUUCUCCUAUUUCUCGGAGUUUCUGGCCCAGGAGAAGCGUGGGGAGCAUUUGAGCUGGCUCUGCAUGUUCUGGAUGAUUGGCGGGGUGUACGCAGCUGCUAUGGCCUGGGCCAUCAUCCCCCACUAUGGGUGGAGCUUUCAGAUGGGGUCCGCUUAUCAGUUUCACAGCUGGAGGGUCUUCGUCCUCGUCUGCGCCUUUCCGUCCGUGUUUGCCAUUGGGGCUUUGACCACACAGCCUGAGAGUCCCCGCUUCUUCCUGGAGAACGGGAAGCACGAUGAAGCCUGGAUGGUGCUGAAGCGAGUUCAUGACACCAACAUGCGAGCCAAGGGACACCCCGAGCGCGUCUUCUCGGUAACCCAUAUUAAGACGAUUCAUCAGGAGGAUGAGCUGAUUGAGAUCCAGUCAGACACAGGGACCUGGUACCAGCGCUGGGGUGUCCGGGCCUUGAGCCUGGGGGGGCAGGUUUGGGGAAAUUUCCUCUCCUGUUUUGGUCCAGAAUAUCGACGCAUCACUCUGAUGAUGAUGGGUGUGUGGUUCACCAUGUCCUUCAGCUACUACGGCCUGACUGUCUGGUUUCCUGACAUGAUCCGCCACCUCCAGGCGGUGGACUACGCGGCCCGCACCAAAGUGUUCCCUGGGGAGCGUGUAGAGCACGUGACUUUUAACUUCACCCUGGAGAAUCAGAUCCACCGAGGGGGACAGUACUUCAACGACAAGUUCAUCGGGCUGCGCCUGAAGUCAGUGUCCUUUGAGGAUUCCCUGUUCGAGGAGUGUUAUUUUGAGGAUGUCACAUCCAGCAACACGUUUUUCCGCAACUGCACAUUCAUCAACAGCGUGUUCUAUAACACUGACCUGUUUGAGUACAAGUUUGUGAACAGCCGUCUGGUGAAUAGCACAUUCCUGCACAACAAGGAGGGCUGCCCACUAGAUGUGACAGGAACGGGAGAAGGCGCCUACAUGGUAUACUUCGUCAGCUUCUUGGGGACGCUGGCUGUGCUUCCUGGGAAUAUCGUGUCCGCCCUGCUCAUGGACAAGAUUGGCCGGCUCCGUAUGCUUGCUGGCUCCAGCGUGAUGUCCUGUGUCUCCUGCUUCUUCCUGUCUUUUGGGAACAGUGAGUCAGCCAUGAUCGCUCUGCUCUGCCUUUUUGGGGGGGUCAGCAUUGCAUCCUGGAACGCGCUGGACGUGUUGACUGUCGAACUCUACCCCUCGGACAAGAGGACCACAGCCUUCGGCUUCUUGAAUGCCCUGUGUAAGCUGGCAGCGGUGCUGGGGAUCAGCAUCUUCACGUCCUUUGUGGGCAUCACCAAGGCUGCCCCCAUCCUCUUCGCCUCGGCUGCCCUUGCCCUCGGUAGCUCUCUGGCCCUGAAACUGCCUGAGACCCGGGGGCAGGUGCUGCAGUGA